AUGAUCUCAUCCCGUUUGGUUGCAUUAGGUAAAGCAGUUAUGCCAAUAGGAGAACACUCUUGAGUGGGUUUUCACUCCCCCUCCCUCGGCUGGUGUCUUAGCGCGUAAAAAUGUCUUCCGAAGGGCUGAAGAGUGAGGUGGUUUAAACAGUGCGGGCUGCUUCGCCAGCUAACCUCAGCAUGCCGCUCAACUCAUUAGCACUGACUACAGAGUGUGGAAACAAUAGACAAGGCAUGAGAGAUCUGUAUCCGGAAGAGCUGGAGUGGGAAAAGCACCAGGAGAGAUGAGAGGACAGCUGGAGUUCUCGAAACAUCCCCUCCCGUUUAGAGGGGAGGAUUGGACUUGUCAUACUUGCGCAGCACCAAUGAAUCUCACUCAGCUGGAGACAAUGCCUCCCCCCCAAAAGUUACCAGUUUUAUUUCGGCAGCUGUGAAGGAAGCUAUGUGGAGAGACUUUUAAACCAUGCAAAGAUCUUCCUCCCGGCAGAGUUAGAAUAUGUUGGCCUCUUUUGCUGGCGAUGAAGAGUCAUUUUCCAGAAUGGGACUUGCUACCUGUAAGUUCUCCUGAGGAAGGUGAUGCAGCACGUCCUUCUUCAGUCGUUGCCUGGGUAGAACCGGAUUCCUGGACUAAGAGGGAAUAGAGCGUGUCUUGUGUUUACGGAUGUGGACUACAGACGUAGCAUGAAGAAAACCAACUGCACAUAAAUAAACAUCACCACCAGGAUACCUAACCUAUGAAAAUAUUCUUCAGUAUUUUCAUGAAUCUGUGAAAUUAUGUGAUGAGAGGUCAUUGUGGCAGACAAUGGGGGAAAGAUCCAGAAGCCCAGGUACCGAUCAAAAAAGAAAAGCAGGCAAGCAAUAUUGCUCUCAUUACUCACCUGACUUUGGAUCCUCACCACAGUCUUCUGGACACUCAUCGCCCAUCAAUUCGUCUUUACGUAGGAAGGAGAAGAAUGCCAAACAGCAGUUGUCAGACAGCCAGAACCCUACGAAAGUGAGUGCUAAAGGGAUCAGCAAAAAGAGAUCCCAGCUGGGGCUGCGGUCGCAAAGCCUCAACAGAGAGCCGCUUCGGAAAGAUACGGAUAUCGUAACAAAGCGGGUUCUUUCUGCAAGACUUCUGAAAAUCAACGAGUUGCAGAACGAAGUGUCCGAACUGCAGGUCAGGUUAGCCCAGCUGCUGAAAGAAAACAAGGCUUUGAAAAGCCUUCAGUUUCGCCAGGAGAAAGCACUGAAUAAGUUCGAAGAUGCGGAGGGUGAAAUCUCGCAACUGAUACACCGCCAUAACAACGAGGUUACUGCACUCAAAGAACGCCUACGGAAGUCCCAGGAGAAAGAACGGGCGACGGAGAAGAGGGUGAAAGAUACAGAAGGCGAACUAUAUAGGACGAAAUUUUCCUUACAGAAACUGAAAAAGAUCUCCGAGGCUAGGCACCUUCCAGAACGAGAUGAUUUGGCCAAGAAACUAGUUUUGGCAGAAUUGAAGUUAGAUGACACCGAGAGAAAAAUUAAGGAGCUAUCAAAAAACCUGGAGCUGAGCACUAACAGUUUCCAGCGGCAGUUGUUUGCUGAAAGGAAAAGGGCAUUUGAGGCUCAUGAUGAAAAUAAACUUCUCCAGAAGGAAGUACAGCGGCUCGGUCACAAGCUAAAGGAAAAGGAGAGAGAACUGGAUAUAAAAAAUAUAUACUCUAAUCGUCUGCCGAAGUCCUCUCCAAAAAAAGAAAAAGAAGCUAUUUCAAGGAAAAAUGUGUCAUGCCAGAGUGACUUCACAGAUCUGUGUACAAAAGGAGUACAGACCAGUGAAGACUUUGAGCUGGAAGACUUUCCUAUAACACCACAAACAGUUCUAUGUUAUGAGAAUAAAUGGGACGGACCAGAAUAUCUUUCUUCGUACUUGGAAUAUCAAGAGCAAAACGAGCCUGGAGCGGAGAUUCGAAAUUCCAGUUUGAAAAAAGAAGAAAAGAGCAGUGACGAUCAGGACACCAGCUCUGAAAAGCAAGAAGGUGGGAAGCUGGAGAGUGAGUGGGAAAGAGAAGAACUUGAUCCAUUGAAAGGUAAGACAUCUUUGCUAGGAAGAGCAGAGAAGCCAGAGUUGGAAGCUGGAAGGUUCCAAAAGGAAUCCUACCAAACUGAGAAUUUUGAUAAACUCGAUGAGGCAGAAAGACUAAAGACAGAAAUGCUUCUUGCCAAGCUGAACGAAAUCAACAAAGAACUCCAAGAUCCUUUGAACCUCAGCCAGACCUCUUUGCCGUUGCUACCUAACUUCGAAUCAAAACUGCAUUCUCCAAACAGAAGCCCCAAACCAAACAUGUUCUUCGAGUCCUCAGACAGAUCAUUUAAUGGACAUAAUUUGCCAGACAUGAGUUUUUUAAGUCCGAGAGGAGAAGGCCGGAGUCCAGGACGGGUUCGAAGUCCAGGCCUUCCAGAUAAGUUUGCAUUUGGUAGCUAUGUGCCUUCAUUUGCAAAAACAUCAGGGAAGUCGAAUCUAUUUGGCCAAAAAGGUAGCCUUGUAGAUUUCCAAAACAACAGUUUGGAAAACCUGAGUAAAGACAGUGUAGACUUAAUUUCAAGAAAAGAGAAAAAAGCGAACCUGAUGGAGCAGCUGUUUGGCACCAGCGCCAGUGCCAGUGCCAGCCCCAGCAACAUCACUGUUUCCUCCAAGAGCAAUGACCCACAUUUUCCAGCUGUGAGCAGAGGUGACUUGGACCCUCUUCACUUCCUCUCUGGGGAGAAAAGCAGCAGAGUUCGGGAACUUAAUGAUGACAAUGAGGACUUUUUCCUCAGUGAAGGAAGAAGUUUUAAUCCAAAUAGACACCGCUUGAAGCACCCAAGUAAUAAGCCAACAGUCACGGCUGUUGACUCUGUUGACGAGGACAUUGAAGAGGUUACACUCAGAUGACUGACUGCAGACACAGAGUAUAUAUAUUUUUUCAAUUGUAAAUAUUAAAAUAUUUUAAUACAGUAUUUAUUAUAAACAUUUAAACUUUCAAUGGUAAAAUAGCCUUAUUAGGGAAUAAUAUUUAGUGACUAAAUAUGGCACAAUUAAACAAGUAGUGCCAGACCACAUAGCCAUGUUGCUAAGAAUGCUUUUAUUUUGUUUUGAAAUGAACCAAAAAGAGAGUUACUGCUUACUUUUUCUCCUGUUGUUCCAGUUAGGUUUCACUGAGCUGGCCCUAUGGGAAGUUUUGCUUCACUAGAAUCUUCCUCAUUUCUUACUUUUACCUCUAUUUUUGGUCAGAUCUCACUGAGCCUAAGUAUUAUUUUCCCACUGAAGGCUAAAUGGAAAUUAAGGGUCACCAGUAGGAAUGAAGACGUCAGGUGACAGCAGUGGGACUUAGGAGCUGUGCCCUUGUCUGAGGUGACAAAGCCAAGCCACUCCUGAGUGUCAGUGGUGAUGUUGGAACUUUCUUUCUGUCUGGAAAUACCCCCAGGUAUUUGGGGUAUUUGAGGUGUGGACUGGGGUGUUUACUACUUCUGAGGAGUUACAGUCCUGAAGUCACUCACUCAGCUCUGCUGGCCACUCAGGCGGGUCCCAGUGGGUCCCAGGAGACAUUGUUGCUCUUAGUCCCUCUCCUCGCCGGUACACUCUGAAUUCUGCUGACCAGGUGGAAGAUUCCCUACCAGGUACAGGAAGUAAAAGAAAUGCCAGGUCAACGCAGAAUGAUUUUCAACUCAAUUAUGUUAGAAUUUCUAACGCGUAUUUUUAAGAUUUGAACUUGUGCUCAAACCCAGGGGAUAGCAGUGUGAGAGAUACUCUUGGGUUGACAGGACUGGUGUUGCAGCAACGCCACAUAGAAGUUUUCAGAACUGGGGCUCCGGCCCUGCUGUGUAGAUUCAGUCGUUUCCUGUUGAAAGGCACAGGCUUUUUUCCACUUAGUUAAGGACAGUUGCAGAGGCAUCUGCUGAGUAGACCUGGUCUGUUGGAGCAGUAAUCUGUCAGCCAAGGAGAAACACUAUGUAGCAUGAGCGACCUGAGCAGUGUGAUCAUUUGCUCAUGAUGUGGGUCUUACGUGAGGCACAUAUACUGACUGGGGAAAGAGUUUCCAUGGGAUCUGGGUUCUUCUAAAUGCUGACGCAUGAACAUUGCUUGCUGAUACAUGAUAGCCUUACCUGGUUAGGUCCGCAUUCACAGCUGUACUGCCUGGCAUCUGGAUUGGGGUAUUUUUUAUUUUAUUUUUUUUGUCAUUUUUUGGGAACAGACUCUCCUCAAAGUGCUAAAUAACAUUGAAAAGUUUUCCCAAAGAGGAUUUUAGAUCUUCUGUGAAUAAGCACUUACUAUAGUGCAAAUCAUUGUAAUAUAUGUAAACAUGUUAUUUGUGAUACAGUUCUUGAUAAAACAUUAUGUAAUGUUAAUUUGUGGCUGUAAGUUUUCUACUGAAGUAUUCUAAUUUUAAGGUUUUUUAAUUUUUUUCAGAAAAAUUUUUAUUCAUUACUUUAAUUAGAUUUAUGCCUUUUUUCUACCUGAAAGUCUAUUUAACCCAAUGAAAAAAGAAUUAUUAAAAUUAAAUUAAGUUAAAAGCUUAAAAGCAUUAUGAUGUUUAGUAUUAAAAUUGGAUGUUAAAAUGUAUAGAACUUAGAGAACAAAUCAGUUUUUUCUAAAUGUCAAGUUAAAUUUAUUUGUACUCAGAAUUCUUACUAAUAAAAAUUUAAAACACAU